AUGUUCAUUUUAUUCAUUACUUUCUUAUUCAUAAUUUCCUCUUUUGGAUUCAAUGAUUUAGAUUUAAUGGAAAUGGUUGAUGAUUAUGAAGAUUUAUUUGAUGAUGAUUUUGAUGAUUAUGAAGAUUUAUUUGAUGAUGAUUUUGAUGAGAUUAAUGAUUUUGAUAACUUUGCUUUUGAUUUAGAAGAUGACCAAUAUGAUUAUAAUGCAGCAAAACAAACACUAACUGAUCUUGGACGUUCUAUUGCUAAAGAGAAAAUUAACCAAUUAUCAAGUUAUCUUCGUUCUAGUGCUAAGAAUAGUAUCAACGUCGUUCCUCUAAAUAAAUUAAUUAACAGAAGAUACAAAGUACCUUUCCAAAAUAAUCCAUUUAAUCUUUAA